CCCUUCCCCACGCCCACACCAUGUACGGCGUCGGCGGCGGCUUCAACGCGCCCUCCACCGCUGCCUCUCGGCGCCGCAACCCAGGCGACGAAGAGGAGGACGAGGAGGAUGAGGGCGGUGAGGGCCGCGUCCUGGAGGCGUGGGAGCGCGCGUACGCGGACGAACGGUCGUGGGAGUCACUGCAGGAGGAUGAGUCGGGCCUCCUCCGUCCCGUCGACACCAAGACCCUCGUCCACGCGCAGUACCGCCGGCGCCUCCUACUCCGGUCUGCCGCCGCCGCCGCUGCCCGCAUCCAAAAGGGGCUCAUCCGCUACCUCUACAUCGUCAUAGACCUCUCCCGGGCGGCUUCAGAGAUGGAUUAUCGUCCUAGUCGAAUGGCUGUUGUUGCAAAACAUGCUGAGGCUUUCAUAAGAGAAUUCUUUGACCAGAAUCCAUUGAGCCAUGUUGGCCUAGUGACAAUUAAAGAUGGUAUUGCCCAUCGACUUACAGAAAUCGGAGGGAGCCCAGAGUCACAGAUUAAGGCUUUGAUGGGGAAGCUUGAGUGUUCUGGUGAUUCAUCCCUGCAGAAUGCUCUAGACCUCGUACAUGGUUAUUUAGAUCAAGUACCAUCAUAUGGUCACAAGGAAGUUCUGAUUUUAUACUCUGCCCUGAAUACAUUUGAUCCUGGUGAUAUCACGGAGACAAUAGCAAAGUGUAAGAAGUCAAAAAUUAGAUGCUCUGUUAUUGGUCUUGCUGCAGAGAUCUUCAUUUGCAAACAUCUAUGUGAAGAGACUGGUGGAUCUUACACAGUUGCACUGGAUGAGUCUCAUUUCAAAGAGUUGUUACUGGAACAUGCUCCCCCACCUCCUGCAAUAGCAGAAUAUGCUGCAGCUAAUUUGAUUAAGAUGGGCUUUCCACAGAGGGGUGCUGAGGAGCUUAUCUCUAUUUGCUCUUGUCACAAGAAGAUAAAAUCUGGGGCUGAAGGUUACAUAUGUCCUAGAUGCAAAGUUAAUGUCUGUGAGCUUCCAACAGAAUGUCGAACUUGUGGUCUUACGCUAGUUAGUUCUCCACACUUGGCAAGGUCGUAUCAUCAUCUCUUCCCAGUACCACCGUUUGAUGAGGUCACCCCUGUCCCAAAUAGAAUUCAAAGGGGAGGGCAGAUCUGUUUCAGCUGCCAGCAGAGCCUUUAUAACCCAGACGGCCAAUCUAACCUCCAUGUGCGCUGCCCAAAAUGCAACCAACACUUCUGCCUUGAUUGUGAUAUUUACAUCCAUGAGAGCCUGCACAAUUGCCCUGGUUGUGAGAGCCAACGCAGCAUCGCUUCAUAGAGACCGUGUUACUGCGUGCAUUAUUCAGGUUGUACCUUAAGCUUUCUCCUACACUGUAACAGCCAGCAAAGUUGUUUCAUGAUCAGCUUUUUUCUGGCUAGCUUUUCUGAGAAUCUAGCUGUAGAGAGAAUCUGGCUGUGAGAAGAAUCUGUGUAUCGUGGGAAUUACGUGCGGAGGAAGAUGAAGUGGUCCAAAUAGUUCAGGAUCUAGAAAGCGAUGGAUUUCUACCAUCGCGAUGAUUCAACCGAUUCUGUGUUUAUGUUGAUUUUGGAUGGUUUCUACCAAAACGAUUCUUAUAAAAGCGGGUUGAAAAGCUGGAUGUUUGACAGUCCGCAGCAGCUUUUGGUGGCCAGAAGCUAAAAAAAAGCCCAAACAAACAGGGUCAUUCCGGCAUCCUUUUAUUGAUAGUUCCUGUUAGAUUGAGUACCUACUAGCUAGUGUUGAGCUAUUGCUACCCAUCAGAGGCCAAUGGGUUGAUAGUUUUAAUUUGUGCCGAGAAGAGAAGCUGAAAGUGUAUAACAUGACCGAGACUUGACUCUUGCUGUUUUUUUUUCUUCCCUGAAGCGUGACAGUAUAUUUAUUUGUUUUCAUUUGUUUAUGCUAAAACUUUGUCAUAAAUUGAGUUGUGGAUUGGGUCGGGGGUUUCAUC